UUCCUUUUGAGUGUAAAGAACUAGACUUUAUCAGAUUCUCAUUCUCUCUUUUCCAUCAUUCUCUCUUUUUUCAAUCAUCUCUUUCUUUCCUCCAUCCACCAUACCUAUUUCCCACUCUCUUCUUUUCUUUCUUUCUCCAUUUCUCUUUCUUUUCUUUUGUUCUUAUUCUUGUUCUUGCUCUUGCUCUUGUUCUUGCUCUUGCUCUUGUUCUUGUGCUUUUGCUUGUUCUUGUUCUUUGUAAGAAGAUAUGCAUGAUUGGGCUGCACCGUUGAUAGCUUCAGCUCUGUUCGCGUUUCUGCAGCCAGGAUUGAUACUGCAGUUCCCAGGGAAAGAAUCUCCGGUGGGUUGCAUGAACAUGAAGACGACAAUAGCUUCUAUUUUCGUUCACACUGUUCUAUACGGUCUUUUCCUCAUCCUCUUUCUCGUCGUUCUCAACAUCCAUGUCUACGCAUAGAUCAUUUAUUACACUCAUGUAUGUGGCUCUGUUUGUGCCGGUGGGUUUAUUAGUACAAAAGCUUUGUUUUAGGACUUGUCUUUGUUCUUAUUCUUAGUUACUCUUAAAAUAUUGAACUUUUUCAUUAUUAAAUCGUCCGCUCUGGAGUCAUUCUUACAUGUAACUUUACUUUAUCAAUAUAGGUUUCUUUACAAUUACAAGCCUGCAAGACUAUGUUGUGAUGUUAUGUAACAGAGUAAGUUGUAAACCUUAGGAUAGUGACCAUUUUGAUUUAGAAAUUGAUAAACUCAAAAAUCCUCAACUCCUUUUGGUUUCAUUUUCGAAUCGUGAAUCACACCAAUCAAUGUUAUCUACCUUA